AGUUGUCUCGCGACCGUAAAGCCCCGAAUUAUUAUUAUUAUUAUUAUUAUCCUUUCCGCCUCCCAUGAAUCACGCAGCGGAUCAGGCACAGGGACCAAGAUAAGCACACACCCCAAUGAAGGGGUGGCCGUCGGUCCCGCGAUAAAUCUGCCAGCAGGUCCCCCUCGAAGGUUUGCGACACCCCACUCUCUGUCUCUUAGAACCUCUUCUCGUUUAUUGACAAAUAUUUUCUCAGCGGGCCUCUGGCCGUUUUCUUCGAAGAUCAGGUGUCGUUGAAAUUUAAAGACCCCCGUAAAAUAGGCCGCUUCACUCGCAUAGUCGUGGCAGUCCAUGGCCUCUUUUUCCAGCUUGGGAUGUUUCAUUCAUGCCGUCUUCGAGCGACCAAAAAAUAAAUGUGAUAUCUACUCGAUUUCUUUUUCUUUUUUUUGUUCCUUUAUUUUUCGUUGUGAUGACAGUGCGAUAAGGAUCCAACGUGAUCAGCGUGGACCACGCCGGGUACAUUUUCUAAUAAAUUGAACAUACAUUGUGGUGGUAUAUGUCCCGCCGGUUCCUAUAGUCAAUUCUCGCGUGGGUUCUUCAGUGAAACGAACGUGCAGUUUUUCGUAAUCGAUGGAUAUACGAAAAACGAAUGGAAGUUACCAUCGCACGUGGGGAUAAUAUAACGCACGAUGCAUUCACGCACUCUAAAAAUGAAAAAAAAAAAAAAAGGAAGUACUACUCCCCUACAUGGCAUUUACUUCCCGUUUUUGUCUUCUGACCCGAUAUGUACUCCCCAGGACUGCAAAUAGCUCGUAGAAAUUUCCGUGUAUAUACAGUCAAGAAAGGGACAGUAGUGGCAGUGAAAAAACCAGAGCACAUAAUACAAAGAGGCGCAGCAUUAGAGUCUAUCGUUCUAGCGUUUUUGCUUUACUUUUCCCUUUUUUUUUUCUUUCGAGUGGCUCGAACAGCGCCAUUUUCUGCGGCUCAAUAAUGAGUGCGCACGGUGGGUGCAAUUUGCUGUCACUUCUCUGGCGUUGGGGGUCACUGACCCACAAUGAGACAUUGAAGCCCUGUAGGUAACCCAUGGACCUGGAACCCCUGGGGUCAACCACAGGGAUCGACUCUUGCAAGGCGUGCUCUCCCCAAAAAGCUCAUCCUCCUUUCCUCCUUUCCAGAGGCCGACCAGACUUUGUGAAAGGAACUGCUCUGCCAGCAAUAUGUAGUUCACAAUCACGGUCGGACACAGUAAGACCUCUAAUGAUGUAAACGUAAAUAUUAAGCAUGCUAAGAGACCCAAUAUGGUACAAGAUGGACGAGCAAAAGUUAAACCUACAAAGUUCCUGUUAUAGUGUACACUCGUAUUACGUAUCAUAGAAACGUACUAUGUGGAAGAUGUGUGCACCUCACGUUCAAAUCGCAGUGGUUUUAAAGCGGGUCAGAAACCACGACAUACGUCAAUGCUUUGCCGAUUCUGUCACUUACUUGCAGAAGCAUCGUUUUUGCUAUGCAAUUAUAUUUCCUCGUAUUACGCAUUCAAAUUAUAAUUACGGAGUAGUAGUUUCAAUUGUAAUUAUAGUUAUCAUCAAAAGUGAAUGUUUAGAUGUGGAUGAAAAAUCUAAAGUGGAUGUUGGGGCCAAAACAGGGACCUACAAACAAUGAAGAACCGCUUUGUUUGUGUCUUACCGUUUUUGGUGCGGCCGAUUUUUCAUGUGCGAAGACAACACUGAAAUGAACAAAACUGAACUGCUUCCAGAGGUACCGACGUGACAAGGGUGUUAUAACUGGUGCUUGAUCGUGUUUUUUUGCAUGAAACGUUACGCCGGAAUUGUAUACGCGAGAUCCCGGGAACCAGUACAAUGAUUUCAUCGUUACUCUAGAGAAAGUAUAUAUUGCAACAACGAUGAUUGACUUUUCCCACUGCCCACCUUACGUUUCCCCUAUCAGAUCCGUUUCCGUCUUUACUUUCGUGCAAGCUACUGGCCUCCUCGAAGAGCUCUAAACAGAACUCCGACCUGUCUUCGCUUCGCGCUCACCAUUAAUUCAUCCUCUCAAUUCAUCAUCUCAAUUCAUCCUCUCAAUAUUAACCUCCUUUAAGUGGGGUAGGGUCCUGUGGCUACCACGGGGAAACAUCCCAUGUCAUCGUCACUUUUCCAUCAUUUAUUGUUGUUGUUGUUGUUGUUGUUGUUCCCCCAGCCACGUACCACGUGCUCCCACAUACCAGUGCAAUGGUAACGAAGCUCACCUUGCGUGUAACAUCACGGUACCAUUAUUAUUAUUAUUAUUAUUAAGCUCAUUGAACCCAUUUAAAACGCGCUGCGAUUUAAAAUUUAUUUUCACCAACCUGCCUCUUUUGACCACGGCUUUGCAGAAAGGGGAGGGGUGAGAAACCUGAGGAUUCCUCGUGUCACCUGAGCGGUACUUUUUGCCCUCCCCUCCCGGAGGAGGUUUCACUCUCUCCCAUUCUGUGGCAUACCGUCGAGAAACCUCGGAUUCAUCGUGGUCGGAGCACGCUCAGGUGCGCGUUCACAGAAGGGAUGUCACAAGGUCUCAUCGUCGAGGAUACGUCAGAAAGCAGGAGGAGCACAGCUGCUCUGAGGCUGGGAUAGACAGGUGAUACGCAGGGAUAAGCAGCUGGGAUAAGCAGGAAGAAACGAAGAAACCAUCCCUCCAACAGCCUGAAGUAUACAAGAGGUAGAACUAAUAUAGUCUUCAAGCUCUUAAGGCUACCGUUCAUCCAGAGAGAAAGAGAGCGAAGGCCACAAUGUGCACUUCUCCAACAUGUUGAGGAGUGGCAUCAACAUCUUCCAGAACAAUGUCGGCGUGGUGAAGAUAUCUCCGUCCCCGGAGGUGGAAACUCCACCGCAGGACCUCAUGCUCAACGUCAGCAGGAAUGGCCCGCCGUGCCUGGCAUUCCAGGCAAGUCCUGGCAGACAGCGCAGAUACCAACAAGGCUUACGCAGCGCCCUCUACAAGCAACAGUCGAGCAGCUUUCCAGAAGCCAUGGCAUCUCUACCUCAUUCUCAACUGCACAGUUUUUCUCGUACCGUUUCCUGCUCUACCAUUACGCACGACACAGCUAAUUAUCCUCAGUGCCACGGAAAAGUUAGGCCCAAGAAUCCAAAGACUCAGCAGUUUAUCAUGGUGAGCUCCAUGUACUGCCAGCUGCUGGUGGUCAUAUGCGUCGUUUUCUUCACGUCGGAAGUCGUCACCUUCAGGGUACCUCUUUACUAUUUCGAGGGUUUCUACAUGUAUCUUUAUUCCGUGAGCCUUCUCUUCCUGCUUUACGUGUACAUCUACCUCCUGAGACGCUCCACGACCAGCCCUGGCUCGUACAAGAAUCCCAAAAAGAUAACAAUCUUGGAGAACCUUCGCCGCAUCGGCGAUAAAGGAUCUUCGCAGGCAACCCCCAAGGGGUUCGAAGGCGAAGGGCCCCUUCCGCCGAGGCUAAAAAAGCAACGCAUCUCCGAGAAUGAUCGAAGUCAUGGGAGCCUCUUUCUCAGGAUCGGUGCCAUAGCCUUCGGCCUUGGGACAAUGGUAUACAACGGCCUGGAAUUCGGCUCCUUCUUCGAGAUCCCUCCAACGUCACCCUGCUACAGCGUUCUCCUUGGCAUCAACCCCAUUCUUCAGAUGGUCUUCACUUUCGCGCAGAUGUACUUCAUUUUUAUGAAUGCACGCCUGAACAUUCACAAAUUCAAGGUAGUUGCCAGGUUUGGCCUCAUGCACGUCGUGGCUACCAACAUAUGCGUUUGGAUUCGAACAUUGGGGAAGGAGACGCUUCAAGAGAUCAACGAACAUCAUCUUAGGAAUGGGCGAGGGAGCACCCUCGAGGAACUCUUGCUACCUUUCAGAGGUUUAACCUCUCUUGCAGAAAAUGCGACGUCCCGUAACUUGAGCAAUCCGUGCGAGAAGCAGGACAUUAUGGGGACCAUAGUCUCAGACUCAUCUCCGUUCCUCUAUCCCUUCAUCGUCGAAUACAGCCUCAUCAGCGCCGCUGUCCUCUACGUCAUGUGGAAGAACAUCGGCAAAGAUCCCGUCUACCACGUCGAAAACUCCCAGGAAGAUGGCAUAUCCCGUACCUCUAGUCUUCAAGCCGGCUCCAAAGUCAACUGCACGGGUUCCAGCAAAGGCCUGUUCUUCGGCCUCCUCGUCCUGGUCUGCUCUACGAUCUGCCUCAUCGUGUUUUUCGUUCUUAUCCAACACCAGAGAUACAGCAUGCUCGCUAUCUACCUAUCUGAUCUCUCCCAUUGCGGUAUAAAAGUCUUAACCAUCGCAGCCAUCACGGUUGGCUUCUUCAGGAUAAGGUCUCUUCGUUUUCAUCCCGAGAGGAAGGAUCAUCUGCGAAGUAUCUUGCUCAGUGUUGCUGCAUUCGGACUGUACGUAUAUGCCAUGUUUGGCAUCAUCGCUGGAAGCCUUUUGCCAAAGGAUCACAUACCCAACCUUCUGGUUAUGGUCACCAGUAUUCUGACCAUCAUACAAGUGACAAUGCAGUCGCUAUUCAUAGCGGAUAUUACCUGCAGGAUGACUUAUCUGCCUGAGCACGAUCACAACAAACCUGGAAGGCAGGUGAUAACGUUCUUGCUUAUCGGGAACUUGACGUUGUGGAUAAUCUACACCUUUGAGAAGCAGAAAGUUGAAGCCAGCCCAGUGCAGCUCGGUUUUUACGGGUUCAUGGCGUGGACUGUCAUUAUCAGAGCGUCGCUGCCACUAAGCAUAUUUUACCGGUUUCAUUCUUCCGUUACAUUUGCGGAAGUUUGGAAGAAUUCCUAUAGGAACGUGUCGAAUUGAGCGACGGCAAAAUCUGAGACGGACAAAUAAGGACGACACCUACUUUUGGAAGUACAAGUGCCAAAGUGCGGUUUUAGAGAUUGCUUAGCCUUUUCAGGCAAUACUGACACUGAGAGUUGACGUGCUUCUCUGAUUUUUAGCCAACCAUGACCAGAGACCUGAGGACGUGCAAACCUAUGUAAGACGUUGUCUUGUUUUCGGUGUUUAGUGUACAUAUCUGGGCAGUAUUUAUUUUGUACCAUAGUGUAUCUUGUUUCGUUUCUGUGGUGUGAUGGAAAUCAGGCUAAGUGUUCUGCAAGUUUUCGUCCGUAGGUUGUAAUUGCCGGCGUUUCCAUGACAGUGGAUGCAGCGUGAUGUCAUGGCAACUCUCAAUACAUUGCCUGAAUAUGUGAACAGUAUUAACGCCAUCGAGUAGAAAUCCGGGUUGUGGUGCACCGUCGGAUGGCGUUUCUGCGUACCUGACGAAUACUACGGCUACUCAGCUAUACGGCGCCUCUGGCACGUGUGUCAUAUACUGCUUACUGGCUAGAUAUCUGUGUCGUGAUUCCGUUGUUUUGAUAGGGUGGUAUUGAAAUAAAUUAUGAUGUGGAGAGUA